AUGGGGUCGCUCACGAGGGCGGCGGAGGAGGACCCAGCAGCGGCCGCGGAAGAGGAGUGGUCCGACGAGGCCGUCAUCUACGUCAACGGCGUCCGUCGCGUGCUCCCCGACGGCCUCGCUCACCUCACCCUGCUACAGUACCUUAGAGAUAUUGGCCUUCGAGGAACAAAGCUUGGAUGUGGUGAAGGUGGUUGUGGAGCCUGCACUGUCAUGGUCUCUUGCUAUGACCGAAUUACAAAGAAAUCACUGCAUUUGGCAAUCAAUGCAUGUUUGGCUCCACUUUAUUCUGUGGAAGGAAUGCAUAUAAUCACAGUUGAAGGAAUUGGAGAUCGACAGCGAGGUUUGCACCCAGUUCAGGAAUGUUUAGCCAAGGCACAUGGUUCACAAUGUGGAUUUUGCACCCCUGGCUUUGUGAUGUCUAUGUAUGCACUGCUGAGAUCGAGCAAACAGCCUCCUACUGAAGACCAGAUUGAAGACUGCCUUGCAGGGAAUUUGUGUCGUUGUACUGGCUACCGACCAAUUAUAGACGCCUUCCGUGUGUUUGCCAAAACAGAUCAUUUGGCAUACACUAAUUCAUCUUCAGAAAAUGCAAAUGACCAAACUAUCUGUCCUUCUACUGGGAAGCCAUGUUCCUGCAGGAAUGAGACGGAUAUCAAUGUUAAUGAGUCCUCAUUAUCGUCGUCUGUGGAAAGAUAUUCACCUUAUUCAUACAAUGAAAUUGAUGGGAGUGCAUACAACGAGAGGGAACUCAUCUUCCCCCCAGAACUUCAGUUGAGGAAAGUUAUGCCACUUAAAUUAAAUGGGUCCAAUGAGAUCAAAUGGUAUAGGCCUCUUAAACUAAAGCAAUUAUUACAUUUGAAAUCUUGCUACCUGGAUGCAAAGCUUAUCAUUGGUAAUUCAGAAGUGGGAGUCGAAACGAAGUUUAAGAAUGCCCAAUAUAAGGUCAUGAUCUCAGUUACUCAUAUUCCAGAGCUUAAUACCCUCAAAGUUAAAGAAGAUGGCAUACACAUUGGUUCUGCUGUAAGACUUGCACAACUUCAAAAUUUCCUUAAAAAGGUUAUAGCAGAACGUGAUUUGCCUGAAACUUCGUCAUGCCAGGCAAUAGUACGUCAGUUAAAAUGGUUUGCGGGCACACAAAUCAGGAAUGUUGCAUCUGUUGGUGGUAACAUUUGUACUGCUAGUCCAAUAUCAGACCUAAAUCCACUUUGGAUAGCUGUAGGUGCAAAAUUCCAGAUAAUAGAUGUGAACAGCAAUGUUAGAACUACCCUUGCAAAGGAUUUCUUUCUUGGUUACCGUAAAGUUGAUAUAAAACCUGAAGAAAUAUUGCUUUCUAUUAUACUACCAUGGACAAGGCCUUUUGAAUAUGUCAAAGAAUUUAAACAGGCACAUAGAAGGGAGGAUGAUAUUGCUUUGGUUAAUGCUGGAAUGGGUGUGUAUUUACAAGAAUCUGAAGGAAAUUGGAUAAUAUCUGAUGUUUCAAUUGUCUUUGGUGGGGUAGCAGCAGUUCCCCUUAGUGCUUCAAGGACCGAAAACUUUCUUACUGGAAAGAAGUGGGACUCUGAGUUGUUGGAUGAUACUUUCAAUUUGUUGAAAGAAGACAUCUCUCUUUCAGAGAAUGCACCUGGUGGAAUGAUUGAAUUUCGCAGAUCGCUUACUUUGAGUUUCUUUUUCAAAUUUUUCCUUUCUGUUACUCAUGAAAUGAAAGUAAAAGGGUUGUUAGAAGAUGGAUUGCAUGCAGAUCAUCUGUCAGCUGUACAGCCUUACAGUAGGCCUGUUACUGUUGGAACUCAAAGUUAUGAAUUAGUAAGGCAAGGAACUUCUGUAGGUCAGCCAAUGGUUCAUAUGUCUGCUAUGCUUCAGGUCACUGGUGAGGCUGAAUACACUGAUGACACACCGACACCUCCCAAUACUUUGCAUGCUGCUUUGGUGCUGAGUAAGAAGGCUCAUGCUCGCAUAUUAUCUAUUGAUGAUUCACUCGCCAAAUCUUCCCCUGGCUUUGCUGGGUUGUUCCUUUCAAAAGACAUACCCGGUGUUAACCAUACUGGACCAGUUAUCCAUGAUGAGGAGUUUUUUGCAUCCGACAUUGUUACUUGUGUUGGUCAGAUCAUUGGAAUUGUUGUUGCUGAUACCCAUGAUAAUGCAAAAACUGCUGCCAACAAAGUACAUAUCGAGUAUUGUGAGCUCCCAGCGAUUUUAUCUAUAGAGGAAGCUGUCAAGAAUGGAAGCUUUCAUCCAAAUACCAAGAAAUGCCUUGUAAAAGGCGAUGUAGAACAAUGUUUCCUGUCUGGUGCAUGUGACAGAAUUGUAUCAGGACAAGUUCAUGUUGGAGGUCAAGAGCAUUUUUACAUGGAACCUCAAUGCACUCUUGUCUGGCCAGUGGAUUCUGGAAAUGAAAUUCAUAUGGUCUCAUCUACUCAAGCUCCGCAGAAGCAUCAGAAAUAUGUUGCUAGCGUUCUUGAUCUUCCACAAUCAAAAGUUGUUUGCAAGACUAAGCGUAUUGGUGGCGGAUUUGGUGGAAAAGAAACCAGAUCAGCAAUAUUUGCUGCAGCAGCAUCUGUACCCUCUUUCUGUCUGAGAAGGCCAGUAAAGCUUGUUUUGGACAGAGACGUUGACAUGAUAUCAACUGGACAGAGGCACAGUUUCCUUGGGAAAUAUAAGGUGGGAUUUACCAAUGAAGGGAAGAUACUGGCCCUAGACCUGGAAAUUUAUAACAACGGUGGUCAUUCACUUGAUCUGUCCCUUGCAGUACUGGAGCGUGCUAUGUUUCAUUCAGAAAAUGUCUAUGACAUAGCAAACAUCAGAAUCAAUGGGCAAGUAUGCUUUACAAACUUCCCAAGUAACACUGCUUUCCGAGGUUUUGGUGGUCCACAAGGCUUGUUGAUUGCAGAGAAUUGGAUUCACCAUAUAGCUACAGAACUCCAACGAAGUCCUGAGGAGAUAAAAGAACUUAAUUUUCACAAUGAUGGAGUUGUGCUGCAUUAUGGCCAGUUGCUCCAGAAUUGUACAAUAGGUUCAGUUUGGGAUCAACUAAAAGCAUCUUGUAAUUUUGUGGAAGCUCGCAAAGCUGUGAAUAGUUUUAACGGUAAUAACCGCUGGAGGAAGCGAGGAAUUGCCAUGAUUCCCACAAAAUUUGGCAUAUCCUUCACUACAAAAUUCAUGAAUCAGGCUGGCGCUCUUGUGCAAGUUUACACUGAUGGCACUGUCUUGGUAACACAUGGUGGGGUUGAGAUGGGACAGGGUUUGCACACAAAGAUAGCCCAAGUUGCUGCUUCAUCAUUCAAUAUCCCUCUUAGCUCUGUAUUUAUAUCAGAGACAAGUACUGAUAAGGUCCCAAAUGCAUCACCAACAGCAGCCUCUGCUAGUUCAGAUCUGUAUGGAGCUGCAGUUUUGGAUGCUUGUCUGCAAAUCAAGGUUCGAAUGGAACCCAUUGCUAGCAAAGGAACCCACAACUCGUUUGCAGAGUUGGCUCAAGCAUGCUACAUGGAACGUGUGGAUCUGUCUGCUCAUGGGUUUUAUGCUACACCUAAUAUUGGUUUUGACUGGACGAUUGGCAAGGGAACUCCAUUCAAUUAUUUCACAUAUGGAGCUGCAUUUGCAGAAGUUGAGAUUGACACCCUAACUGGGGAUUUUUACACAAGGACAGCUGAUAUUGUUAUGGAUCUCGGCUUUUCAAUUAAUCCAGCAAUUGACAUUGGCCAGAUUGAAGGAGCUUUUAUCCAAGGAUUGGGCUGGGCAGCCAUGGAAGAGCUAAAAUGGGGGGAUGAUAACCAUAAGUGGAUUCGACCUGGACACCUCUUCACCUGUGGUCCUGGUUCUUACAAAAUACCCUCUGUAAAUGAUAUACCUCUAAAUUUCAAGGUUUCUCUAUUAAAGGGGGUUCCAAAUCAGAAGGCUAUUCAUUCUUCCAAAGCCGUGGGAGAGCCACCAUUUUUCCUUGGCUCCGCUGUCUUAUUUGCGAUAAAGGACGCGAUCUUUGCGGCAAGGGCUGAGGAGGGGCACUUGGGCUGGUUCCCACUCGACAACCCGGCGACACCAGAAAGAAUAAGAAUGGCGUGUGUGGAUUCCAUUACAAAGAAAUUUGCCGGCAUAGAUUACCGGCCCAAGCUUAGUGUAUAG